GACUGCAUGUAUCCAGCAGAAUGCCCCUCACCCUGCGUAGCAUAACGACUUCCUUUACAAAACAUCAGUUGUCCCUCUCAUUAUCGCUAUCCUACUUAGGAGGUAACAGGCUAUCGCAAUAUACUGAUACUCGUCCGAAGAUACCUCAGCUAUUGUCCCGCCGCUCAUUCUACGGACACAUAAGUGACCACAAAAUGGCGCCCCAACUCGAACCCUUUUUCAAGCAGGUUGAUGACCUGUCUGGCUCGUUCAUCGACCGUCUACGCAAGGCUGUGGCGAUUCCGUCUGUAUCUGCGCAAGACGAGAAUAGAAAGGAUGUCUUUAAGAUGGCAGAGUUCCUUGCCUCCGAGCUCAAAGCCUUGGGGGCUGAGGUGCACCAGAGGCCACUCGGCAAGCAGCCCGGAAAAGAGCACCUUGACCUACCGCCAGUAGUCAUAGCCCGAUAUGGCAACGAUAAAAACAAGAAGACGAUUCUAGUGUACGGUCAUUACGACGUGCAGCCCGCAUUGAAAGAAGACGGCUGGGCUACAGAACCAUUUGAGCUCACCGUCGAUGACAAGGGAAGAAUGUUUGGUCGCGGAAGCACUGAUGACAAGGGCCCAGUUUUAGGCUGGCUUAAUGUGAUUGACGCCCACAAGAAGGCUGGCGUCGAGCUACCUGUCAAUCUUCUCUGCUGUUUCGAGGGCAUGGAAGAGUAUGGCUCUGAAGGCUUGGAGGAAUUCAUUCAUUCCGAGAGCAAGGGAUUUUUUAAAGACGCAGAUGCUGUGUGCAUCUCGGACAACUACUGGCUGGGGACCGAAAAGCCUUGUUUGACCUAUGGGCUACGAGGAUGCAACUAUUACUCUGUCAGUGUCUCGGGCCCUGCUCAAGAUCUCCAUAGCGGCGUCUUUGGUGGCUCUGCUCAUGAGCCAAUGACGGACCUUAUUAGCGUAUUAUCCAAACUCGUGGACUCUCAAGGCAAUAUUCUGAUUCCUGGCAUCAUGGAUCUUGUCGAGCCGGUCACGGAAGAAGAGAAGUCUCUAUACACCAACAUAAGCUACACGAUGGAAAAUCUUCAUGAGUCCUUGGGCAGUGAAACUGGAAUUCAUCCGACCAAAGAAAGGACUCUCAUGGCUCGGUGGAGGUUCCCAUCCUUGUCUAUUCAUGGCAUCGAAGGAGCAUACUCGGCUCCAGGAGCCAAAACUGUUAUUCCAGCAAAGGUCAUUGGCAAGUUCUCCAUUAGGACUGUUCCCAACAUGGAGAGUGCGGAUGUAAACAGGCUUGUGUUUGAUUAUAUCAAGUCCGAGUUCUCUAAGCUGAACAGCAAGAACACGUUGGAUGUUUGGUUACAGCAUGACGGCAAAUGGUGGGUAGCCAGCCCUAAGCAUUGGAACUUUGCGGCUGCCAGCAAAGCUGUGAAGCAAGUGUUUGGUGUAGAGCCAGACAUGACCCGAGAGGGUGGAAGUAUACCCAUCACAUUGACUUUUGAGGAGGCGACCGGCAAGAAUGUUUUGCUGUUACCAAUGGGAAGCUCAACCGAUGCCGCACAUUCUGUCAACGAAAAACUGGACAAGAGGAAUUAUAUUGAAGGGAUCAAGCUACUUGGUGCUUAUCUGCAUUACGUCGCAGAAGAGCCUAUGGGGGCUUAGGUACUGCACAGUACAAUAGCAUCGACUGGUAAGGGGCAAACAUUAAGUCUCAAAGCAUACAAGGUCCACAGAGGUGAAUUUUUUGCAGAGACUAAGCGAACCAGGAUGACUUUUUGCUGCUAUUCU